AUGAGGAGUUUUGGAACGACUCCGACGACGAACGAAAAGAACGAGAACAGGAAGAACGAAAGUUUUAAGAACCAUCCUUUUUUCUUGGAAAGAAGAAGAAGAAGAAGCGAUGAUGAUUUUGCGAAGAAGCAUUACCCAAAGUCUCGUCUGUGUUUUGAUUUGAGCGAAAACAACACCAAGAACAAGAACAACAACAGCGCAUCUUCUCCUCCACCACCACCGUUUCCUUCUUCUCAGAUGCCGUUAUCCUCCCCCGUCGAUGGGAGUGGUAAUGAUGGGGGUGAUUUCGUGCCCGUUUUGAUUCCUUCUUUAUCUUUAUCUUCGUCUUCGUCUUCCGCGAAUGGUGGUGGUGAUGGUGUUGGAACAACACCAACGAGAACAACCGCUGCUUCCUCCUCCUCCUCCUCCUCCUCUCAAACUGCGACGUCUUCGCAGGUGGUUUCGCUACAAGCCGGGGGAGGGAACGCGAAGAAACGAAAAUUACAUUCUCCGCACAAACGCAUCCUCGCGUUCAGUCGGUUUCGCAGAGAGAAGUUGAAAGAAGCCAUGGCGAUGUAUCGCGGGAACGAAGGCGACCGGAUGCUUUCUUUCCUGGUGCAAACGAUCGACCACGUGGCGCGAGAGACGGGCAAAUUUUUACGGUUAUCACCGGCGAAGAUGGUAUUCGUAUUUUUUCGACAGUGCGGGAAGGUUUCCGUGCACGCGAUUGCGUGCGCGUUUGCGAGGUGUUGGAUGGGUAGAUACGCGUACGAAGGCGCGCGGGUGAUGGUUUUCGCGUUAGCGAUGGUGAAAAUGAGAGACGCGGAGGAUAUUCAGCAAGCGCUCACGGGAGCAGGGAAGAGAAUUAAGAAGAAGAUGUCUCCUUCUUCGUUGAAAAAAGCGGGGCAGCGAAAGAGAAAAGCAGCCGCCGGAGCUGGAAAAGGCACGAGUAGCAAUGGUAGUAUUAGUAGCAAAAGAGGAGGAGGAUCGGGGGUUCCGUUCUUGCCGAGUUUGAAAUCGAUAUCACACGUCGUCGCCAACGCGCACAAGUCGUUGAAGCCAAUGUGCGUGGAUCUCGCUGUUACGCACGCGCAGGUUUUAGCCGUGCGACUGGUUCUUAAACUCGUCGCUCCGAGGAAGAAACGGUCGAUUGAGUAUUCUUUGCGUGUUGCGCCGGUGAUGACGUCGUAUAUUUUACUCAAGCAAAAGCACAAACUUCUCUACGCGGACAAACCGGGCAAAAGAGCUUUGAGUUGGGACCAACAACACGAGUGGGGCGCGGAACAAAUGACAGAAAUCAUCGCCGAUUUUGGAGGAUUUUAUAGAAAGGUUGGCCAAAUUGCCGGCACGGCGUCGCAAAUGAUGCCGAGACCGUACGUGGAGAAAUUUUCGAAAACGAUGGACGAUAAUCCGCCGACGCCGUUUUAUAUAGUCCGGAAAAUUUUAGAAACUGAGUUGGGAGGGCCGCUGGGCAGUCACUUCUCCGAACUUUCGAGAAACGCGUGCGCGACGGCUUCGAUCGCGCAGGUGCACUUUGGACGCUUAUUAGACGGAAGAGAAGUCGCGGUGAAAGUACAAACGGCGAAUUACGAGAAUGUCAUUGCCGAUUUGAAAGCGCUUUUACGAACGGCGCGAACGAUGAAAAAAUUACGUUUGGAUAACGGCAUGGAUUUACCGACGAUUUUUGAGGCGUAUUUGGACGUCAUCGACGAAGAAUUUAAUUUCAAAAUAGAACACGAGAAGAUUGAUUAUUUCGGUAAGUUGUUCGAGCAGACGCCGGAGAUUUGUGACAAGGUGUGCGCGCCUCGCGUCGUCGCGUCGACGAGAAAAGUUUUAGUCAUGCGACGCGUUCGAGGCGCAAAAUUGUUGACUAUUUUCAAUCGAGCGCGGCAAAACGGGAAACGUCCGCGGUGUCCGCAACAAGUUUCUAGAACGCACUCGUAUUACGGCGGCGACGGUUGGAACGGUGUCUUCUUUUCCAUUUUCCGAGCGUGGGGGGAGAUGAUGCUCACGUGUGGUCAUUUUCAUUCCGAUCCGCACCCGGGGAAUUUUAUUUUGAGAGGCGAUGGGAAGUUGUGCAUUCUCGAUUGGGGACAAACAAAACGAGUUGAUGAUAAGGAGCGUUUGCACAUGUGUAGAUUGGCGUUGAGAAUGUCCACGGAAGAUUACAACGGCAUCGCUUCGGAAGUUCGCGCCCACGGUUCCGUACUCGUGGAGAAACCAACCAACGAAGCGUUAGUCGCGUUAUCCUACGCGUACUUUGACACCAGACCGUCCGCGUUAGCCGAAAUGAACAUGCUGGAUUUAGAAAAUUCGCCGUUCACGAAGAAUAAAAUCACGCAAAACACUCGCGAAGGCUUCUUUGCCAUCCGAGGGGUGUUUUUACUCCGCGGCAUGUUGGCCACGUGCGGGGAACAAAUGAGUAUGGUCGAGCACUGGCAAGACGUGGCUAUUGCAAACUUACGAGACGCCGGAGAAUGGUACCCUGGAAGAUUUCGAAGAAUCACGACUCGGAUAGUAAACAAAGCCGCGUUACAAACGCAACGCACGUUUAACUUUGGCUCUGGAGCGAAAAUGAACGAAGUCGAAGCGUACGCGCAAGAGCGCAAAUCAAAAGAGACUUCCUCGUCCAAACCGGCGUACACGAGCUUUUCCAGUUUAUGGUAG